AGUUUUAGCAAUGUAGAGAGGAGGAGCUCAUCUGAUCAGGUGAUCAAGUUGAGAGCAGGGAGGGGAGUUGACGAAACAAACACACAGCACAUGUACAGCUAACGCAAUGUAUUCCCUAACCCCAACCCAGUCGUAACAUUUCCCCUAAAACCAAAUCCUAAACCUCAAACAGCCUCGUGGAGGCUCUGAUGUAGAAAACUGGGACUGGUCCUCAGAAAGGUAGCUGUACAAGUGUACACACACACACACACACACACACACACACACAACGUGGCUUCCAGGAAAAGAGAGGAGGAGCAGUGAGUGUGUUCAGUUUGUCCAGACUCCAUUUUUGAUUCAGAGAAGAAGGAUGAAAACAAAAGAGUGAAGCAGGACUGACUGAAGGCCAGAAGAUGGAAGAAGAGGAGGACAGAGUCCUGGACGGCUGUCUGCCUAUGGAGAGUGACUCAUGUGUAGAUGAUCCUCCUCCAGACGUCAGCGAAGAAGAACCUGGACCCUCAGACACAAAAAAGAGGAAGAGGAGUCAUGUUUCUGUGGAGGAGCAGCUGUCCUGCUGUGCUUUGUGUCAGUGCGUCCUGAAGGAUCCAGUCUCUACCAGCUGUGGACACUGGUUCUGCAGACAGUGCAUCGCCUCAUACUGGGACCAGUCUGCUUCAUCAGGACACUUCUCCUGUCCCCAGUGUAGACAAAGGUCCAGAACAAGUAAGACUGAUGACUGUUUUAUUUUUGUCUCUCUUUUGUUCUUCUUUCCAUCAGACCAUGUUGGUCUGCAGGAGGCUUUAGAUGGAUAUAAGAUCAGUCUGAGAAGGAGAUAUGAACAAGAGACUGAAGGAACUGAUGUAACAGGAAGAGGAACCCUCCUCAACAGGAUCUGCACUAAGCUCUACAUCACAGAGGGACAGAGUGAAGAGGUUAAUACCCAACAUGAGGUGAAGCAGCUUGAGACAGUUUCCAAGAUGGAGGCCCUCCAUGACACUCCAAUCAGGUGCCACAACAUCUUUUCAGCCUUAGCCUACAAUCAGAGACGCAUCAGAGUGGUUCUGACCUACGGUGUCGCUGGUGUUGGAAAAACCUUCUCAGUGCAGAAGUUCACUCUGGACUGGGCAGUGGGUUUGAAAAACCAAAAUGUCAGUGUGGUGAUUGUGCUUUCAUUCAGGGAGCUGAACUUGAUCAAAGAUGAGCAGUACAGUCUUCUCAGGCUGCUCCAUGUUUUCCAUCCAACAUUACAGGAGGUCACAGCAGAGCAGCUGGCUGUCUGUAAACUUUUGUUCAUCUUUGACGGCCUGGAUGAAAGCAAACUUUCACUGGACUUCAACAACAGUGAGGUUGUGUCUGAUGUCACACAGAAGGCAUCAGUCAACGUGCUGCUGACAAACCUCAUCAAGGGGAAGCUGCUUCCCUCAGCUCUGGUCUGGAUCACCUCCAGACCUGCAGCAGCCAAUCAGAUCCCUCCUACAUGUGUUGACAGGGUAACAGAAGUACGAGGCUUCACUGACACCCAGAAGGAGAAGUACUUCAGGAAGAGGUUCAGUGAUAAAGAGCUGUCCAGCAGAAUCAUCUCCCACAUCAAGACCUCCAGGAGCCUCCACAUCCUGUGUGCAGUCCCAGUCUUCUGCUGGAUCACUGCUACAGUUCUGGAGCACAUGUUGACUACGGAGCAGAGAGGAGAGCUGCCCAAGACCCUGACUGGCAUGUACUCACACUUUGUGAUGGUUCAGACAAAGAGGAAGAAGAACAAGUACCAUGAGGGACAUGAGACGAGUCCACAGGAGCUGAUGGAGGCUGACAGGGAAGUUCUUCUGAAGCUGGGGAGGCUGGCAUUUGAACAUCUGGUGGAAGGAAACAUCAUGUUCUACCAAGAAGACCUGGAGCGCUGUGGUCUGAAUGUGACAGAGGCCUCAGUGUACUCAGGUGUUUGUACAGAGAUCUUGAAAAGAGAGAAUGUGAUCUUCCAGAAAUCAGUCUACUGCUUUGUUCAUUUGAGCGUUCAGGAGUUUCUGGCUGCAGUCUACAUGUUCCACUGUUACACCAACAAGAAGACAGAGGUUCUUAAAGACUUCAUGGGGAGAGACUACCAGGUCUCCACUGAGUCUCUGGAUGACUUCCUAUGUGGAGCCAUGAAGAAAUCCCUGCUCAGUAAAAAUGGUCACCUGGACCUGUUUGUUCGCUUCCUUCAUGGCCUCUCUCUGGAGUCCAACCAAAGAUUCUUAGGAGGUCUGCUGGGUCAGACAGAGAACAGUCCAGAGAUCAUCCAGAGAACCAUCAACAAGCUGAAGACGAUGAAGACUAGUAAAAUGUCUCCUGACAGAAGCAUCAACAUCUUCCACUGUCUGAUGGAGAUGAACGACCUCUCAGUUCAUCAGGAGAUCCAAGAGUUCCUGAAGUCAAAGAACAGAUCAGAGAAGGAACUCUCUGUGAUCCACUGCUCAGCUCUGGCCUACAUGCUGCAGAUGUCAGAGGAGGUUCUGGAUGAGUUGGAUCUGGAGAAGUACAACACAUCAGAGGAGGGACGACGGAGACUGAUCCCAGCUGUGAGGAACUGCAGAAAGGCUCUAUUUAGUGGAUGUGGACUCUCAGAAACUCACUGUGAAGCUGUGUCCUCAGCUUUGAAGUCCAACCCUUCCUAUCUGACAGAGCUGGACAUGAGUAAUAAUGACCUGAAGGAUUCAGGAGUAAAGCGUCUGUCUGCUGGACUGGAGAGUCCAAACUGUAGACUGGAGACUCUGAGGUUGAAUUACUGCUGGUUGUCAGAGAUCAGCUGUGAUUCUCUGGGACCAGCUCUGAAGUCCAACCCCUCCCAUCUGAAACAUCUGGACCUGAGUUACAACAACCUGAAGGAUUCAGGAGUGAAGCAGCUUUGUGGUUUUCUGGAGAGUCCAGACUGUAGACUGGAGACUCUGGAAUUGGAGAACUGCAGGUUGUCAGAGAUCAGCUGUGAUUAUCUGGUCUCAGCUCUGAAGUCCAACCCCUCCCAUCUGAAACAUCUGGACCUGAGUAACAACAGCCUGAAAGAUUCAGGAGUGAAGCAGCUGUGUGGUUUUCUGGAGAGUCCAGACUGUAGACUGGAGACUCUGAGAUUGAAGAACUGCAGUUUGACAGAGGUCAGCUGUGAUUCUCUGGUCUCAGCUCUGAAGUCCAACCCCUCCCAUCUGAUACUUCUGGACCUGAGUAACAACAGUCUGAAGGAUUCAGGAGUGAAGCAGCUGUGUGGUUUUCUGGAGAGUCCAGACUGUAGACUGGAGACUCUGAGAUUGGAGAGCUGCAGUUUGUCAGAGAUCAGCUGUGAUUAUCUGGUCUCAGCUCUAAAGUCCAACCCCUCCCAUCUGAAACACCUGGACCUGAGUAACAACAACCUGAAGGAUUCAGGAGUGAAGCAGCUGUGUGGUUUUCUGGAGAGUCCAGACUGUAGACUGGAGACUCUGAGAUUGAGUUGGUGCAGUUUGUCAGAGAUCAGCUGUGAUUCUCUGGUCUCAGCUCUGAAGUCCAACCCCUCCCAUCUGAAUCAUCUGGACCUGAUAGGAAACAGUCUGAUGGAUUCAGAUGUGAAGCAGCUUCUCAAUCUUGUGGAGAGUCCAGACUAUAAACUGGAGACUCUGAGGUGGAAGUGGUGGUAAACAGGAUGAGCUGUGUCCUGAUGAUCCAGAGGUUGAAGCAGCAGCAGCUUGUGUGGACAGAGACUCUGACUGCAGAUAAAUGUUUGGAGUCCUCGUGAAGCCAUUUGUUUUCUCUCCCACAGUAAAUCACAUAUGACACAAUUCUUCCUCCUCAUUGUUUCGUAGUUAGGAUGCUGUUCUCCAGGUUAUUCCUCCAGAUAGGAGGAUGGUCAUUGUUCAGUUUUUGUUUCAUCAGACCAGAAGGUAUUUCUUCUAAUGAUCAGAUCUUUGUCCUGAUGCAGGUAAUAAAACCACAGUCGGUCUUCUUCCUUGCUGAGCAGCCUUUCAGCUCAUGUUGUUGUCAGACUAGUUUGACUGUGUGUGUCAAUAUUUAUGUACCUGUUCCUGUUCCUCCACAGUCUUCACACAGUCCUCUGCUGUUGUUGAAGAUCUGAAUCAGAAUUACUUUAUUAAACCUAGGGGGAAAUUACUUUUUGUUGCUCCUACUCAAAGGGUACCAGUGUUCAGCACAAAGAGCAGUGUAGGCAAUCACAAUAAGAAUACAUGCAUCAGUGUAUAAAUAAUACAAUAUAUAUAUAUACAUGUGUUCCAAGUUUUUUUGCUUUUUAAUAACAUUGAAUAUGGGGUUUUGCACAGCAGGAAAUUAUUGCACAUAGUGUGAUGAUUCAUCUCGAGGAGACUAAAGGCAUCUCUGAGUGACCUCCUGGUCCAUGAUGACCUGGGUUUAAAGGUUGACCUUAAAUACAUCCACCAGGAGCCCUCUACUACACUUAGUUAGCCAAUCAGAAGCUCCUACGUUACGUUCCUAACGUUACAAUGGACUGAGAGAAUUUAAACCCACUGAUAUAGUGAACUCUAAUCCAGAAAGUAUUUUUAAUUUAUUUACUUAUUAGAUAGGGACAGUGCACAUAAAUGAACAUCUAUUCAGACAGCAAUAGACAUAAGUAUGAAUGAUUAUAGCAUGAAUGUUAAUUAGCGUCCUCAGUCCCUAGAUGGGCAACACAAAACAUAGAACAUGACAAUAGAUCCCAGUAAGAGCACAUCACAAGAGAGGACAUACUAAGAUAUUCAAGAUUAAUUGUUUUGUCUAAGAAUCCCAAGAUAACAAAGAACAUAUGAACCAGACAUAGACAUAAGGAUAAGAGUAAAAAAUAAUAAUACUAAUAAUAUAAUAAAUAAUCUUAAAAAUAGAAUAAGUAGGAAUUACAAAGAAUAUACAGUCCAAUCUACAGUCCAGUUUACUUAGGAUAUACAAGCAUUUAUAUACAGACAUUUUAAACUGAGAGAAUUUUAACCCACUGAUAUAGUAAACUCUAAUCACAAAAGUACAGAAAAUACACAUAAACUUCCAGCUUCACCUGUGUAUAUGGAAGUGCUUCCUUUAAUAAUGGCUUUUCAUCUUUCUCCUUUAAAACGUUUCAAAAGCUUCUUAAAAAUUAUUUCACUGCUCUGUAGUAGCUGCUUGUUUUGUUAACUCCAUGAAGACAGCCAGCAUUAUUUAAUCAGCAUUUACUUUAUGUGCUUCUGCUGUUGUUUUGGUUCAUUUUGGGUUCUCUUUAAUAUCCUGACAUUUUAAUUAUUAUUUUUAAGGUGGAAGCUUCAAAUUCUCUUCCUGCUCUGUAGAUUAUAUUGAUCAAAAUAAAUAAAGAAAUAAUUUAAAAAAUUAAAUAACUA